AAUACAAGGGAACAGAUCUGGUGUGAGCACUUCUGGACGUGCCUCCGGAGGAGGCAGCAAUACAAAUGAUUCAAUCAUUCGGUUAUAUAAUCAAAUUCAUUUUUGACUUACGUCCACAAAUGCUUGACUAAUUCAUUAGUUCAAUUAAUUAAUUGCGAAUUCAUCAGUGGAAAAUCGAAUAAAGACGAUAAAAAGAUUGUUUGACGUCUCGUAAAAUUCUAAUCGACAUUUGAAGAAUGGAGACCCGAAAAAUAACGACUAUUGAGCCCGGAAAGUGGCGGCAGUUCUUCGCAACGAUUCUAAUAAAUUUGUCGUCCCUCUCAUACGGAAUGAUCCUGGGUUGGUCCUCGCCAAUGGCCCCUCUGCUGCAGUCCCCAGGGACCCCAAUCGGUACAGCCCCAAUGACGAACGAUCAAAUGUCCUGGAUGAACGGCAUUCUCUGCAUAGGAGCCUUGGCAGUCCUACCCAUCUGUAGUUCCUUGGCGGAGCGGUUUGGACGCAAGAUAACAGGCUGCAUAAUCGCAGUACCCUCGGGCCUCUGCUGGCUUCUCAUCCUGUUCGCGAGAGACUGGACAUACCUUCUCGCGGCCCGUCUUUUCGCAGGCUUCGCAGCAGCCGUCCUCAUCUUCGUCAUUCCCAUCUACGUCUCCGAAAUUUCCGGGGACAGCGUUCGAGGACAAUACGGCAGCAUCCUCGUCUUCUCCGUGAACAUUGGCAUCCUCCUGGCCUACAUUUUCGGGGCCAUUUUACCGUACAAUAUUUUCGCCCUUUGUGCGCUGGUGAUUCCCAUGCUAUUCUUGGGAGGAUUUGUCUUCAUGCCGGAGACGCCGAUUUAUUUGAUGAGGAGGGGACGAGUUGCAGAAGCUACAAGGUCGCUGAUGUGGCUGAAGGCUAACGAUAAGGCAAGUGUUGAUCAUGAGCUGACGAGACUACAGGCACUUGCCAAGGAAAAUUCAGCUAAUGAUAAAUCAGUUGGAUUCAGGGCAUUGUUCAGGGACCGGGGCACCUUUAAGGGGUUCAUGAUCGCAAUGGCCAUGCUGGGGGGUCAGCAGUUCUGCGGGAUCAGCGCAGUGGUCGCCUACACCGCGACCAUCUUCAAACUAGCUGGAAGUUCACUGGCUCCAAAUACAGCGACGAUUCUCGUGGGUUCUAUCCAAGUUGCCGGGUCCUGGUUAUCAACCGUCAUGAUGGAGAGGGCUGGAAGACGACCCCUGAUCAUGAUCUCUUGCGCUGGAAUGGCCGUUUGUCAUUGCGUUCUCGGCUCCUUCUUGCUAGUCCAGAGUUCAGGUCACGAUGUACACUCAUUCUCUUGGAUACCCGUCACAGCAAUCUCAGGCUAUGCCAUUGUUUACUGCCUCGGUAUGGGUCCAGCACCAUUCGUAGUCGCCUCCGAGGUCUUUAGCUCUGAUAUCUCAGGCUUCGCUAAUUCUAUUUCAAUGGUCUUCAUGUGGAUCGUGUCGUUCAUCAUGAUGAAGUUCUUUCCGUUCAUCAUGGAUACCCUUACCAUUGGUGGCUCUUUCUUUCUGCUCGCGGGUUUCUGCGUGUGCAGUCUGGUCUUCACAUUCUUCUUCGUCCCUGAGACCAAGGGUAGGAACAUUGAAUCCAUUCUCGACGAGUUGAAUGGGUUUUCAGAGAGCUUUAGAGAAGCUCGGUAUCAGAGGACUUCCGUGGAGAUGAUUGGUAAAAAUACCCAUCAAGCUGUUUGAUUUUUAGACAUUGUCAGAGGUGAAUAGACAGUCCAACUGUUUUCACAUUGACGUGUUGGUUAACAUCUUCUUUUAAAUUCCUAAUUUUAAUCAUCCUUUUCGAAUGAAUGAAACCCAGUGCUCGAAAUCGGUGAAUCACUAGUCAAAAAUCGGAUUGGGCUUGAUUAUUCCCUUUAAAUCAUUAAUAGGAUAUUUGUAUUUAUGCUUCUGAACAAAGUCUUGUCUAUAAAUAGUGAUAUUAAUCCCCAUAUCAUUAAUUUUUGAUAUCUCAUAGUUGACUAGCCCCCAGUUGUUAUUAUAAACAUACUAGUGUCAUUCCCUGAUAACUCAUAUCAAUUCUACGUAAUUCCGCAUUUCUUAUAAUUUCUUCGAUUCAUCGAGGUUUUUAUAAUGUUUCAAAUUGUUCAUCGGUGUGGCGCCGUCUUGGUGGAUGCUUCAGAACUUGUUACGAAAUUUAAAUGUGAGAAAUGCAAUUUUUCCAGAAAUAAUCAUAAUUGUUGUUCAUCAGCAACAUUAAUCAGUCAUUCUUCUCAAAUCCCCAUUAUGAUAGGUCGUGAUGAACUUCCCCACAAUUUGCUCCCCAUUUGUGAAAAAUUGGAGAUAUGCACUCACUAUUUACUGUGAUAAGGUUGAAAUGUAUGGAAAUGGAGUGUCAGGAGAUGAGUAAAUUUUUAUAAGAAAAAAAAA